UUCAUCCUUAAUCGGAGAAGAAAGGCGAAAAUCUUUAAUGUCAUAAGCAUAAAAUUUCGGUAACGAUGCAAAGUUAAAGUAGGUUGCUAAGUAGUCUUAUAUACUACCCGGUAACAUUCUGACGGCCGGUGGGAUUUCAAAGGCUUACUGCUGAUUAAGACACAAUGGAGCGUUGGGUUGGACGUGUUGCUUUGGUCACAGGAGCAAGCUCAGGCAUUGGGGCUGCCAUCUGCCGACAGCUGGUUGGUGCAGGCAUGAAAGUGGUCGGAGCAGCACGUAAUGCUGACAGGAUUCAGGCUCUUUCAAAGGAAUUGUCAGGAAUGCCAGGAAGCCUGACAGCCAUGAAAUGUGACUUGACCAAAGAUUCAGAAGUCCUGAAUCUCUUCUCUGGCAUUAAGCAGCAGUUUGGUGGUGUUGAUGUCUGUAUCAAUAAUGCUGGGAUGUCUCACAACCACAGUCUUCUUGAUGGUACACCAGAAGAAUGGAGGGAAAUGUUGGAUUUGAAUGUAGUGGCUCUUUGUCUUUGCACCAAAGAAGCUGUGGCGUCUAUGAAGGAACGAAAGGUGGAUGAUGGCCAUAUCAUUCAUAUUAGCAGCAUCCUAGGACAUGUAGUUACUGGAAGUGCACCCAUACACUUCUAUACUGCCACUAAAUAUGCAGUUACAGCACUUUUAGAAGGCUUGCGGCAGGAGCUCCGAGCUGAAAAGUCACACAUACGUGUUUCGGCUGUUAGUCCUGGCCUAACUGAGACUGAAUUUUCUCCUCGAAUGAGAAAAGAUGGAGAGAAUGCAUAUAGUGCCUUCAAGUGUUUGCAAGCAGAAGAUGUUGCUUCUUCUGUAUUGCACGUCCUGUCAGCUCCGCCACAUGUACAGAUUCAUGAUAUUUUGAUGCGACCAACAUUUCAACCAGCAUAAAAUGAUAUCACCUUAUCAGCAAGUUAAAGAUUUUAAAUUAUAGUGUAAAAUUAUUGACUGUUAAAGAGUUUCUAACACAAGUAAGUUGUUUUUCCUUCAUG